AUGCACUGGGUGGUCGGAGAACAGGCUUUGAAGUGGGGCAGCAGUGCAGCGAUGGGGCCACUCCCCCUAGAGAUUGUUCUAAAUGUAAGGGCACUCCCACCUAGAGAUUGUUCUAAGCCUAAGGCCACUCCCCAAGAGAUUGUUCUUAACGCCACUCCCCCUAGAGAUUGUUCUAAACCUAAGGCCACUCCCCCUAGCGAUUGUUCUAAACUUAAGGCCACUCCCCCUAGAGAUUGUUCUAAACCUAAGGCCACUCCCCCUAGCGAUUGUUCUAAACUUAAGGCCACUCCCCCUAGAGAUUGUUCUAAACCUAAGGCCACUCCCCCUAGAGAUUGUUCUAGACUUAAGGCCACUCCCCCUAGAGAUUGUUCUAAACUUAAGGCCACUCCCCCUAGAGAUUGUUCUAAAUGUGAGGUGCUCUCUCCUUAUGGGGACUCACACAUCAUUCAGGACAGAGGUGUUAGGACCGUUAAAGCCAGGGAGACAGAGACUCUGUCCUGCUCUUGUAGAAAUCAAAGUGCAAGUUUUUUCUCUUGGUACAAACAAAGCUUGGGAGGAAAACCACGCAUCAUAUCAAGUCGAAUGAAGCACAGCACGCAUGCUGAGAUUCCCACUGAAUACAGAAAAAGGUUUCAAGUUGUUGCACCAACCCAAGAGAGCACCAACAAUCUGGUCAUCUCAGAUCUCGAGCCAUCAGAUUCAGGUACGUAUUAUUGUGGGAUUUUCGUCAUGCACGCCAUUGAAUUUGGACAAGGAGUUUUCCUUCAUGUCCAAACAUCUCUGCAAAGCCCACCAUCCGUCGUCCAUCAGCCAGCGAUGGAGCUACUUCGACUGGGAAGCUUUGUGAAUCUGAGCUGUGUUGUGUAUGCUGAACAAUGUGAAGAAGAGCAAAACUUCUACUGGUUCAGAGACGGUGUUUCUCAGUCUGCAGUCACACACCCCAGUGGCAAACACUGCACUAGCCUCUCCAGUAGGAAGCCAAACUGGACAAACUGCACUUUAAGCCUUGAACUGAAAUCGCUGAGCUCCUCUGAUGUUGGGACUUAUUACUGUGUUCUGGUCUCCUGUGGGCAGACUACCUUUGGAAACGGAAUAAAGGUCGAGAUUGUUGGUUCCUCUUCACUGGUGUUCUGCCUGAGUCUGCUGUUGGUCGUUUCCCUGAUCGUACUCCUUGUUUUGUUUGUCCUUACAUACAAAAUGAAAUCAAAGUUGCACUUUGCCUCAAAAAAGGCCAGUUCUGAAUCUGCAGCCUCAAACUGUGGGGGACACGAUGCCGACAGCCUUCAUUGCGCUGCUGCGAGUUUCCGGAGAAGCAGUGAACGGCACCAUCGUGAGGACACUGGCGAUGUUUGUGUGUACUCCAGAGUAAAGAGCGGAAAUGUGUGAAGUACUAAAAACAGCAAUGCAUGAUGUGAAAUGAUGUUAAAUAAAAAUGACCCACUUUUGUCUGCUGUACUUAGGUGAUAAGUUCAAUCGGACGUUAGAAAUGUCGUCAUCAGUGAUGGGAAUUCCAGCUCUUUUUAGAGAGCCGGCUCUUUCGGCUCCCAAGUGGCUCCUCAGAUUUUCUGUUGCGUAGAGUACAUUUAUCACCAAAAUAAUGCAAAACUAUAUGUAAAAUGAUUUACUAAUGUAAAAAAAAUGCAAUAUAUCAAAUAUUUAUCAUUUCUAUGGAUUUAAUAACUGAACACUUUAAGAAAUCUCCACUUUCCGACCGCUGGCGCUCAUUUUCCCACCGUCUUCGUUGCAUUCUCCUCUCUCUCGCUCGCCUUUUUCCUCCUGCUCCUAUAUAUUGACCUACAACAGAUCUGUUAGAUUUCCAAAAUGUGUCUCCCCCAAUAUUAAAGUCGUUCCUAAGCCCUUCCAGGUCUUCAUGAGAACAUUGUGAACAUUCAGAUAUCUGAAAUAUUCAUUCUAAAUAGUAAAAAUCCUUCAGUUAAAAUAUCUUUAACGUUAUAGAUUUUACAGACUGUAACUGCGUUGUAGAACUUUAAAGUAACGCCACAGUUACUUUGUUGGGUAACUAAUUCAUUUUAAAAUGUAGUGAGUGUAUGUGAGUUACUAACUCAAUUACUUUUUGGGAAAAGUAUCUUGUAACUAUAAUUAAAGAGCAAGUCACCCCCUGCCAGAGUCUAACUCCACUCACACUUCCUGUUUGAAAAAUGCAACAAAUACUGUUGCCUGGCAGACCGAGAGGGCGGAGCCGCUAACAAAUACACACACACUCAGGCUCACGACAGCAUUGUGACAUCAUAAUGUACCAGUUUACAUCAUAGCAUACUUCUUAGCCAAUAGCGGUGGCAGAUUUAAAUUAAAAUACAGUGCAGAGUUUUUAUCUGACAACGGCACAACACUGACAGUUUUAGGCAGAAUAUUUAAAUUUUAACUAAGAUGCACUGAAGUGCCAAAUUAUUGACGACACGUGUCUGCAGCACGAUUAGACACUCGUUUAUUUAGUUUAUCAGCAAAAAAAAGUUUAUUUGGGGGUGACUUGCUCUUUAAUUACCUUUUAACGUAAGAUGCCCAACAUUGGUUUGUAAAGCUAGAGUAGAUACGUUGUUUGAGGUGGAGCUGAAUGGCUGGGAAGAGUGAGUGGAGCAAGAGUCCGGGGUGUAGGUGGUUCCUGGGCCACCUGAAGCAAGCUGAGAUGAGAAUCUACUCGUCUCUGAACCAAAGGCGGAUUUCAUGAUUCUUAUGGUAGCCAGUGGAGGAAUGAAUGGUGGGUCGUUUAAACAGCUUGGUGGAUGAUGGAGCUUUGGAGGCCUUCCUGUAACUAGGUACAAACUUUGUAAAGCAAGAAUUUGGUCGAGUUCACUAGGUUAUUCCACAACGCCUCGUGAAAUUACAUCACAACCAGUUUAUUAGCUACUGUAGAAUACGUUUAUGACCGUUGGUUUACAGUUCUUUGGUCUGAAAUGCUCAUCUUGAUUCAAACAUCAAGUCAUUGUGUCCAAAAAGGUCCAUCUUUGUCCUAUUUGACUUGUUUUGAGUAACUCUUGCUAGAAGACAUUUAUAUCCUUUGGACACGUGUAGGUAAUCCUUUUUGUCUGCUCUGGAUCAGCUGAUCUGCGGGAAUGACGUGACCCUAACCCUAACCCUCUGCAUGGGGGUCAGACUUGUGCUUAGCAUGAAGAAUCAAGAUGUUUUAUUUGUCAUGUUACCAGUGUCCCAGUACAACAAAAUGAUGGCUUAUAGUUAUUAAAAUGGGAUAAUCAGCUGAACCAGUUGAGGGAAAUUUGUUGAAAUUUAACCACAAGAGAUGUCCAGAGAGCAUUGUUAAAAUAAUAGUAUGUGUUUUCUUUUAUCGUGCUUUAUGCUUUUAUUAUGUUUAAAGAUUUUACCAUUUAUGUUGACAGUUACUUUUUUGUUUAAAGUCUUAUGAGAAGACAAAAAAUGUUGUGCUUUGUUGAACAGAAUGUGACCCGAGGACACGUCUGCUGACUCGUGCAACUGCCUGUUGCUCUUUGUAUGAUUAGAAACUUGAAAAUGUUUCAACAAUUGCUGAGAAACCGAGAGCUGUCGUUUCCCCCAUCCUUUAGCUCAGCUCUCAGGCAUGUGACUAGGGAACGUCCAGCUUGUAAUAACAGAGACACGCUCGGACUUGGAUCCAAUCCAAUUUUAUUUAUAAAGCGCAUUCACAAGGCAUUACAACCAAACAAGGCGCUGUACACUAAAAAUGUUAGUUAAUUAAACCGGCGUUAUACAAACAUGUCGAACACAGAUAAAG